AUGGCGAUGAGGGGUCAUUCCUCUUGCUCCUCGAUGAGUAACCACACCAAGGAGAGAGUGACCAUGGCUAAGGUGACCCUGGAGAACUUCUACAGUAACCUGAUAUCCCAGCAUGAGGAGAGAGAGAUGAGGUAGGUGUUAUGGCAUUAACACACACACACACGCUCUCACAUACUGGAACUAGGAAGAUCAUUCAUAUUGAAAGGUUUCUGAAAAGCAAAGAUAAUUCCUUAAAACAUGUCAGAAGCUGAGAAGGCAGCACAGUGGCUUGUCACAAACAAGAGGAAGAGAGAAUAGAAGUGUUACACGUCACUGACUUUAACUUGACCUCUCUCUCUGCUUAGAGCCUCACCCUGCCUGGGGGAGAAAUGGGUGUAACCGCACCCUGCCAAUGCAUUUAGGCAAUACAAUACAAUAAAUGCAGAAGUAAAAUAAGUCUGAACAAUGUUUCAGUGUGUCUGUGAAAUGUGCUUUUCCCAUGACUAAUGCUUUUCACAAUGCAUCUGGAAGUACUUUUAGUUUGAUAAGAUGUUGAUUUACCCACUGUUGAGCUUCAGCAGUCCUACCAGGGUCCUGGGAUAUUCAUAUUCAGUUGUUGAAUUAAAAAUGCACUCCCAUUCAAUAAAACCUGAAUCCAGAAAUGCCAGGGAUAAGGUCAAAUUAAAUAAUUGUAUACCUUUACCCAGGAACUCUGUUGUGCUAAAGUGCCAGUAAUCCGUCAGUUUUAACAGUUUUGAACACCCACUGUUUAGCUUUGUAUAUGUGGCCAGAUAGUGUCUUGUCAGUGCUGUGUGUUCUGUUGAGCUCUGUUUAGUCGAGAGAGAGUGUGUUUGAAAAGUUAUACGGUUUAUACAGUUAAUACAGUUUGUCGAGGGGCUGCAGUUGUAUGUCAUAUUUAUGACUUCAGAAGACGUUAGAGGCAUAUGAAAAAGAAAGUUAUGCACAAAGUAAACACCCAGUCACAGCUCAACCUACCCACCAACGGGCUGUGCCAAAAGAGUCCACACAAAGAAUAUUGUUCAUGCUGUCACAGACCUGCUUAGAAAGGAGAAUAUACUAGAGUUAUGGGAGCUGGUUUGGCUAAGCUCCCUCAAAUUUUUUCAAGGAAAGUAUUUAUGGUUUGUUUCUCUUUGAGAACAUAUGAAUGAGUCAUUCCUGUUCUGUUACCAUUCCUCUAUAACUGCCCCAUAGAAAUUAUAGAACAGGUAGUGUAGUGAUCAGUAUGGAGCUGCAGGCCGGGAGGUGACUUCCUGAAUCAACAUAUUUGACCCUAACCUUUGACUCUUGACCCCUGACCCCUAUCUUAUUGCCAGGCAACAGAAGCUGGAGAGGGUGAUGGAUGAGGAGGGACUGCCUGAUGAGGAGGUGAGUGUAGUAGCACACACACACAUACACACACACACUUACACACACACACACACACACACACACACACACUUACACACACCCUGUGUUGCAGAAGUGUAUGCGGCGCUCCCAGCACGCGCGUAAGGAGACAGAGUUCCUGAGGCUGAAGAGAACCAGGCUGGGAUUGGAAGAUUUUGAGUCCCUCAAGGUGAUUGGUCGAGGGGCCUUUGGAGAGGUAAGCAUACAUAGAGCUAUUGAAAUCCUAAUUAGGUUAUUACUAUGUAAUUAGUUAUCAUUUCACAAUAUAAUAGCUUUGCGAGGUAAAAAGUGGGUCCGUCAAUAAAGCGUAGCUGAGUUAUGUUUGUUAUCAUGCUCUGGAGUGGAUCUUUCCAUUUUCUCUACUGCCUGCUGUAAGUUCUCUAUCACUCAGCAGCAAUAGAGGAGAGUGGGGUAAGUUGAGAUUUUUUUUACAUUCAGCAUCACUGAUAUCUGCAUAUAUUUCAAAUUGUUGUGUAUCCCUGGAAAUAAUCAGAAUUCAUAUAAACGUUACAGUUUUGAAAACAUAGCUUGUCCAAAAAAAGUGGCCUAUUGGUACAAUUUGACCCGGGUAUGGGGUAAGUUAAGCCUCCUGUACUGAUUGAAAUAUUAUCACUACCUUUUUAAAACCAUGUCUAUCUUUAUUUCCCAAAUUCAACACAAUCACAAUUGCUUUUUGUCUUUUAAUAAUUGUAAGCAUCUUUUAACACAGGCUUAACACCUAACCAACACUUUUAACAUAGGCCAGACCCUGUUGUCACCUCAUGCCAGCGAUAAUGCCUUGCAUUACGCCUGGGAAGAAAACACUUCAAUUUGCUCAACUUGACAUUGGCUCAACGAUUAGUUCAAUUUACCCGAUGGCCAUUGGCUCAACUUAACAUUUUGACUAUAUUAGCCCACAAAGCUACAAGGAUGCACUUUCAUGAUAGGUUUAGGACCUCCUGUUGAAGCUUAUAGAAGCCCCAACUGAUGUAUAGACCAAUCCCCCCCAAAAUUAUGCUUUGGUUUAGGUACAAGCAUCAUGAAAUAUUUAACACAAUCAAUUAAUUUGACUUGGUGAAAAUAUUUUUCCAUGUGAUUUCUUCCUUCACAGACUCCAUAAAAUGAUGACCUCUUCCUAAAUAUUUGGUCAAACUAUACAUUGUGUGUAUGGUUUCCGACAAACAAGGGUGGCUCAACUUACCCCACUCUCCCCUACAGUCCUGUGUUUUUCAGUCUCAACUGCCUAAUCCACUGUUUCAGAAAAUGAUUUGAUGAUGACGAUGAUGUAAAUCCCCUCCCAUUGGCCAUGACCUCAUGAACUCAUGUUGGCCAUGUUGGCUCACCUUUGCCCUUUGACCCACAGGUGCGUCUGGUCCAGAAGAAGGACACAGGUCAUGUCUAUGCCAUGAAGAUCCUGCGCAAGGCUGACAUGCUGGAGAAGGAACAGGUGUGUGUGUGUGUGUUUCUCUUUCCUGUCUCUCUCUCUGUCUCUCUCAGUAUCUGUCUCUGUGGGCUCUAUUUUAACAAACCUAACACAAUGGUAAAUCAUAGCGCAGGCGGUAGCACUAUAGGUUAAGGGGCGUGUCAGAAAUAUUUGAGCUAUUUGACAACCGGAAUUAUGGGUGCGGUAGCUGGAGGUGGCACGAAAAGGCUGGGUUUUGAUGAAUAAACAAGUUGUAGGUGUGUUGAGGCUUGACCCCUCUCUGGUCAAUCAGAACAUGCUCCAUGGCUAAAUAUGUGGUUGCUUCAAGUUGUGUACGGUCUUUUAUGUAUUGCUUUUUCAUCAACUGAGUCCAUUAUAGCUUAGUUUGUUAAAUAGCCUACAGGAACAGCAUAACAAAAUGUAUGUAGGCCUAUCCCAUCUUUGCUAAAUAUGUUGAACAUGUUUGCAAUCCACAUUGUAAGAAGCCUUAUUGCAUGGCUUCAAUAUGGAAAUACAGAUAUAUUGUUGAACAUAGCAUUCACACUGAUAUAGGGGCUAGGCCUACUGUAAAUUGCAUUAUGUCUGCCAUGUCUGAGCCAUGGACAUGUCAGACGUUGUCAAUAAGCAAUAUUAUAUUCUUAAAGAGAGUGAAUAAUUCGAAUAAAAUUCUAAUCAAAACAAAACAACAACUUGUUUUAAAUAGGCUAUGUCUAAAUACAGUUACAGGCACCAGAAUUGCUCCCUGUGGGCAUAUACAGUACUUUUAACAAGGCACACCUGUUAAUUGAAAUGCAUUCCAGGUGACUACCUCAUGAAGCUGGUUGAGAGAAUGCCAAGAGUGUGCAAAGCUGUCAUAAAGGCAAAGGGUGGCUAUUUGAAGAAUCUCAAAUAUAAAAAUAUAUUUGGAUUUGUUUAACACUUUUUUGGUUACUACAUGAUUCCAUAUGUGUUAUUUCAUCGUUUUGAUGUCUUCACUAUUAUCCUACAAUGUAGAAAAUAGUAAAAAAUUAAGAAAAACCCUUGAAUGAGUAGAUGUGUCCAAACUUUUGACUGGUAGUGUAAUAUUAAGGUAGACACCUUAAAAUUAUAUACAGUGAGGGAAAAAAGUAUUUGAUCCCCUGCUGAUUUGGUACGUUUGCCCACUGACAAAGACAUGAUCAGUCUAUACUUUUAAUGGUAGGUUUAUUUGAACAGUGAGAGACAGAAUAACAACAAAAAAAUCCAGAAAAAAACGCAUGUCAAAAAUGUUAUAAAUUGAUUUGCAUUUUAAUGAGGGAAAUAAGUAUUUGACCCCUCUGCAAAACAUGACUUAGUACUUGGUGGCAAAACCCUUGUUGGCAAUCACAGAGGUCAGACGUUUCUUGUAGUUGGCCACCAGGUUUGCACACAUCUCAGGAGGGAUUUUGUCCCACUCCUCUUUGCAGAUCUUCUCCAAGUCAUUAAGGUUUCGAGGCUGACGUUUGGCAACUCGAUCCUUCAGCUCCCUCCACAGAUUUUCUAUGGGAUUAAGGUCUGGAGACUGGCUAGGCCACUCCAGGACCUUAAUGUGCCUCUUCUUGAGCCACUCCUUUGUUGCCUUGGCCGUGUGUUUUGGGUCAUUGUCAUGCUGGAAUACCCAUCCACGACCCAUUUUCAAUGCCCUGGCAGAGGGAAGGAGGUUCUCACCCAAGAUUUGAUGGUACAUGGCCCCGUCCAUUGUCCCUUUGGUGCAGUGAAGUUGUCCUGUCCCCUUAGCAGAAAAACACCCCCAAAGCAUAAUGUUUCCACCUCCAUGUUUGACGGUGGGGAUGGUGUUCUUGGGGUCAUAGCCAGCAUUCCUCCUCCUCCAAACACGGCGAGUUGAGUUGAUGCCAAAGAGCUCGAUUUUGGUCUCAUCUGACCACAACACUUUCACCCAGUUCUCCUCUGAAUCAUUCAGAUGUUCAUUCAGACGGGCCUGUAUAUGUGCUUUCUUGAGCAGGGGGACCUUGCGGGCACUGCAGGAUUUCAGUCCUUCACGGCGUAGUGUGUUACCAAUUGUUUUCUUGGUGACUAUGGUCCCAGCUGCCUUGAGAUCAUUGACAAGAUCCUCCCGUGUAGUUCUGGGCUUAUUCCUCACCGUUCUCAUGAUCAUUGCAAAUCCACGAGGUGAGAUCUUGCAUGGAGCCCCAGGCCGAGGGAGAUUGACAGUUCUUUUGUGUUUCUUCCAUUUGCGAAUAAUCGCACCAACUGUUGUCACCUUCUCACCAAGCUGCUUGGCGAUGGUCUUGUAGCCCAUUCCAGCCAAUCGUGUCCCUGACAUCCUUGGAGAGCUCUUUGGUCUUGGCCAUGGUGGAGAGUUUGCAAUCUGAUUGAUUGAGUGCUUCUGUGGACAGGUGUCUUUUAUACAGGUAACAAGCUGAGAUUAGGAGCACUCCCUUUAAGAGUGUGCUCCUAAUCUCAGCUCGUUACCUGUAUAAAAGACACCUGGGAGCCAGAAAUCUUUCUGAUUGAGAGGGGGUAAAAUACUUAUUUCCCUCAUUAAAAUGCAAAUCAAUUUAUAAAAUUUUUGACAUGCGUUUUUCUGGAUUUUUUGUUUGUUAUUCUGUCUCUCACUGUUCAAAUAAACCUACCAUUAAAAUUAUAGACUGAUCAUUUCUUUGUCAGUGGGCAAAUGUACAAAAUCAGCAGGGGAUCAAAUACUUUUUUCCCUCACUGUACCCACAGGGUGCAAUUCUGGUGCCUGUAACUGUAUUUAGGCAUAGCCUAUUUAAAAGGUGUUGCUUUUACGCACAUCCAAAAUAAUAACGUGAGUAGGCAAAAAUUAUUAUAAAAAGGGGAUGUCCGCUCACUGUUUUGCUGCUCCCAAACUUGAUCUUUUAAUAAAGCUUUGGUGAUUAAUAUUUAUUUCAAAGCAGUCUCACGAGCCAAACCAUUUAUUGAUAGGCUGCUAUUUGGCCAAUGCAUUGGGCAGAACCCAAAAAAACAGCCUUCAUUGAGGGGAGGGGGGGCUAGGUUUAGUUUUUAAUCAAAUUAAAUAAAAAACAAGCAAUCUGGUUUUUUAAACAACAACAAUAUUUCUAAAUAGGAUGGGGUCAGAAGCGUGAUAUCAUAAAUCGCAUCUCUCGUUUCGUUGCACCGUGUGCACACAUAGACGUCAAUGUCUUUACAUAACAUUCGCACGUCUAUUUAAAUACUAGGCUCCUGUCAAUUAUUUCGUUGCCUAUGUGCGAGGCACAUCAAAAAAAUAAUUGGCCAUUGAUAUGACAUUAUAGGAGGACUGAAUAGUUUGGAGGAGCGUGUCUUUUGUAAUCGGAUGAGGUGCGCUCUUUGAAAUGGGGAUGGAUAGCCUACUUGAACAAGCGAAAUGAAGAGAAGUAUACAGGUAUGUGAAUUGUGAAUCAUAAAAAAGAAUGAGAGCAAAGACCUCCAAAAUAUUUCAAGGCACUCUCAGUAGACCAUUUAAAACCUCUUCAUUCAUAGGCUAUUUAGAUAAUGCAUGGCCAGGAUUAAAAGAUGCACCUAUGCGAAGCUGCUAAACCAGCCUUGAUUAAGGGGAGGGUAGGCUAUGCUUGGUUUUUAAUCAAAUUAAACGAAAUGGGGGGGGGAACCAAUAGUUUUUUAUGUUUCUAAAUACGAGAUUCAGCGGCACAAAAGGCACAUCUCUCGUUCCAUGGGUACUGUGCGCCACGGCUGGAUAGCCUGCACUUCCGCUCUCAAAAUCCAUGCCGUUACCAACUGUGUUACCGUUAAGUCCUGUUUUUGGUAGGUCUUAACUUCCCUUUAGCACUGCAUGAAAUUGUCACUAUGCGCUUGUUUUUAAGGACAUACCUCAAAUAUUGCCACUCCUCCCACCUCAGCGCAAGCGAGCUGAUGUAAAUUGCUGAACCUGGCGUAAGGGCUGGAAAAUGUCAGUGCGCCAGUUUUUACUUGACGAAAUUGCAAACUAUUGUGUGUUUGACACUUGCGCCUCCUUAGCGCCUGCUGAUAAUAGAGCCCUGCGUCUCUUUUAUUCGCUCAGCUCUGACAUGAAUUGUGUCUAAGGACAUAUACUGUAUCUAAGGACAUGUACUGUAUCUAAGGACAUGUACUGUAUCUAAGGACAUGUACUGUAUCUAAGGACAUGUACUGUAUCUAAGGACAUAUACUGUAUCUAAGGACAUAUACUGUAUCUAAGGACAUAUACUGUAUCUAAGGACAUAUACUGUAUCUAAGGACAUGUACUGUAUCUAAGGACAUAUACUGUAUCUAAGGACAUAUACUGUAUCUAAGGACAUAUACUGUAUCUAAGGACAUGUACUGUAUCUAAGGCCACAGGGUUACUCCACAUUCAUCCUUUAGCCUUGUGUAGUGUGUGUGUGUGUUCAUUUUAUGUGAUCUAUGUCUUGUGUUUCUAUGUUAGGUGGGCCAUAUCCGGGCUGAGAGGGACAUCCUGGUGCAGGCAGACAGUCUGUGGGUGGUCAAGAUGUUCUACAGCUUCCAGGACAAGAUGAACCUCUACCUACUCAUGGAGUUCCUACCUGGAGGUGUGUGUGUAUGUGUGUGCACGUGUGCGCGUGCAUGUUUGCAAUUGUGUGUAUGUGUGUGAUGCUGAUGCUCUUUGUGGCACUCCCUGCAGGUGACAUGAUGACAUUGCUGAUGAAGAAGGAUACUCUGUCAGAGGAAGAGACUCAGUUCUAUGUGGCUGAGACGGUCCUGGCCGUAGACUCGAUACACCAGAUGGGCUUCAUACAUAGAGACAUCAAACCUGACAAUGUACUGCUGGACUCUAAGGUACAUAUACACAGAACAUGCUAUAUAAUACAUACAUGCAAGCAAACACACACACACACACUCUGUAAUGUAUGCGCUUGGAGUCAGGAAGCAGGUGCAGAAGGUAAGUUUAAUGAUAAGAGAAGGCAGAUAAACAAAACAGGAGAAGCGUACUGAACGAGAACAAAACCAAUACUGCCUGAUGACUGAGGCUACUGAGGGCUAAAUAAAGGGAGAAUAAUCAAGGUGAUGAUGAGGUCCAGGUGUGCGUAGUGAUGGGGAGCAGGUGUGCGCAAUGAUGGUGCCAGGACCGGUGGUUAGUAGACUGGCGACGUCAAGCGCUUGAGAGGGGCAGCGGGAGUAGGCGUGACAGUACCCCCCCUGACGCGCGGCCCUAGCCGCAGGACGACGCCAGCCAGGAGUACACCCCCGAGAGCGAGGAGCAGGCCGGUCCGGAUGGCGGAGAUCCCGGAUGAUAUUGGGGUCCAGGAUGUCGGCCACCGGGACCCAACAGCGCUCCUCUGGACCGUACCCCUCCCAGUCCACCAGGUACUGAAGCCGACCCCCACAACGUCAGGAGUCCAGUAGGGACCUGACGGCAUAGGAGGGGUCCCAUCGAUGUCCAGGGGAGGCGGAGGGGUGUCGCGGGGAACGGCACCAGCCAGGGGACCAAGAACCACCGGCCUGAGGAGGGAAACAUGAAAAGAGGGUGAGAUCCGGUAGUUGGUGGGAAGUUCUAAACGAUAAGUUACCUCAUUGACUCUCCGGAGGACAUUGAAGGGCCCCACAAACCGGGGACUCAGCUUCCGGCAGGGCAGGUGGAGCGGGAGGUUCCUGGUGGAGAGCCAGAUGUGAUCACCAGGAUGGAACACGGGACCUUCACUGCGGUGGCGGUCAGCAAGCUACUUCUGGCGACGGACGGCACGCUGGAGCCUCAUGUGGGCAGCGUUCUAAACUUCCUCUGCGCGCCCGAAUCACUCGGUCUGGCUCAGGGUCCACGGGGCCAGGGCUGGCUGAUAUCCCAGGAUGCACUGGAAGGGAGUCAGCCCAGUGGAGGAGUGACAAAGUGAGUUCUGGGCGUACUCCGCCCAGGGAAGGAACCGGGCCCACUCCCCCUGCCGGUCCAAAGGAACCUCCCCAGCUCCUGGUUAGUCCUCUCCACCUGCCCGUUGGACUGAGGCCUGUACCCGGAUGUGAGGCUGGCCGUGGCCCCCAGCUUAUCCAUGAAGGCUCUCCAUACCCGCAACGUGAAUUGGGGGCCACGGUCGGAGACAAUGUCCUCCGGAAGGCCAUAGUGCCGGAAGACCUGCUGGAACAGUGCCUCAGCAACCUGAAGAGCAGUAGGGAGACCAAAGAGAGGGAUAAAACGGCAGGAUUUAUAGAAUCUGUCCACAACAACCAUAAUAGUGGUGAAACCAUCAGAUGGAGGGAGAUCAGUGUCUAUGGACAGAUGGGACCAAGGCCGCUGAGGCACGGGAAGGGGAAGGAGUUUCCCUGCUGGAGCGUGCCAGGGAGAUUUAGUUUGGGCACAUAUGGAGCAGGAGUUGACAUAGCAGGCGACGUCCUGCGCCAAGGUGGACCACCAGUACUUAGCGGAGAUGGAUUGAAUGGUGCAGGUGAUACCUGGGUGUCCAGCGGCAAGGGAUGUGUGCGCCCAGGUCAACAGCCGAUCCCUCACCCCCAUGGGAACGUAGAUGCGCUCAGGAGGGCAGGUAGCAGGCAUGGGUUCCCUCUCCAGAGCCUGGCGGAUGUCCACAUCUACGUCCCAAAACACGGGGCCAACGAUACGGGAGGGCGGAAUGAUUCUAAUCUUAACUCUAAACCCCCUAGAAAUAGCAUUUGACCUUGUGGGGGCUAACAAAAUUGUUUGUUUACUAUUCCAAGAAUAGCGAACAUCUUGACCACCCACAGAUUGUCUGCCUGCACACACACACACACACACACACACACACACACACACACACACACACACACACGUAAAACAUCUGGUUGGAAUAACAUGAAUACAAACAGGUUAAAAUCUGGUUGAAAUUACGUCAUUACACACAGGUUGGAGUCUGGUUGAAAUUAUGUCAUUACAAACAGGUUAAAAUCUAGUAAAUAAAAAACAUAAGUACAAACAGGUUGAAAUCUGGUUUAAAUAUUGUCAUUAAAACAGGUUGAAAUCUGGUUGAAAUUAUGUCAUUACAAACAGAUUGAAAUCUGGUUGAAAUAACGUCAUUACUUUUUUUUGCUUUUUUACAACAAAAUCUAUAUAUUUUAAUGUAAAUGUCAUGUUAUAGUAUGGUCCAGACACUUUUUUGUGAUUUCACUUGUUUUUGGGAAACUUAACGCAACCAGCGAUUCACUUCCUCAUCCAAAAACACCCAAAUAUGUCCUUUUAGAAACUGAAAAGCUGUCAGUAUAGUGAUGCAGGUCUUUAGAUGUUGUACACAAAAGUAUUUCAUUUGGAACUUUAUCUGGAACGUUAUAUUUAAUUUAGUUGCUACUCGAGCGAUACUGCUCCGUCUAUACUAGCAGCAAGCUACACGGAGAAUGGAACAGCUGGAUAAGGGAAACAGCUUGAGUCGCGCAAAAUGCAAUAUAACGUUGCAGAUAAAGUUCAGAAUGACAAUUUUAUGUGUACAACAUCUAAAGAACUGCAUCACUAUACUCAGAGCGUUUCCGUUUCUAAAAGGACGUAUUUGGUUGUUUUUGGAGCACUUGUUCGUGUGUUUUCAGAGCCCCCCGUACUGCACAACGAGGAUGAGGAAGUGAAUCGCUGGUUGGGAUAAGUUUCUCAAAAACAAGUGAAAUCGCAAAAAAGCGCUCUGGACCCUUCUAUAACAUGCCAUUUACAUAUUUAUUUAUUUAUUUGGUUAUAAAAAAGGAAUCAUACAGAUUUCAAACAGGUUGAAAUCUAGUUGAAAUUACAUCAACACACACACAGGAGGAUGACAUCAGCAUUAGAAUGCGGUGAUCUUCCUGAGUGUCAAGUCUGUCUGAAAUGAUAAAUCCACAAACACAGUUCCACAGAAAGUGUGAUUUCAGAAACACUCUGGUGUUGUCAUGCAGUAUUACUGAAACAUCCCCAGGAAGUGGUAUAACACAAAUAACCGUGUGUGUGUGUGUGUUCAGGGCCAUGUGAAGCUAUCAGACUUCGGCCUGUGUACAGGGUUGAAGAAGGCCCAUCGGACAGAGUUCUACAGGAACCUCAACCACAGCGUUUCCAACGACUUCAGUGAGUACAACCAUAAAGGCAUACUCAAUUCAUUUAAGUAGAUCAAAUUAUGAAGCUAAUACAACUAUAUAUCUGUCAUGAUUUGUCAUGAAUCUUCCACCUGGGUGCGUAGCUGUAACUGAGUUGUGCCUAAGACAAAUUAUUUAUUCUCCACAGCGUCUCAGUACAUGAACUCCAAGAGGAAAGCAGAGACCUGGAAGAGGAACAGACGACAGCUGGUGAGUGUCAUGGAGCUCUGGCUACCUUCAGUCACUACUCCACUGGAGGAUCGUCUUAACCCCAAACUUCCUCAUAAACACAGCAAAGAUGACUGUAGUUGUUAAUAAUGGUAUAUGACGGUUUACCAAUGGCCUCUGUUUUUGAAAUGUGUUGGUUAUCUAUGUGUUCAUUCACUCAUAGGAAAAAAAGUGUCCUCUCAUGUAAAGAGUAGAGCAUCUCCAAAAACGCAUUUUGUCAUGCUAGAGAGCCUGUCGUUCUUUAUAGACCUGAUUUUCUAGAUGAAGUGAAGAAGGCCAGCGUAGUAGCAGAGAUACAGUACACAUCUGGUGUGCAGAUGGUUGGAUUUCUGUCCCUUUUAUGGGCUGACAUUUACAGCAUAGUUACAGUUACGUCAGCUUGGUUUCCACAGCAAAUGUACUGUAUGGCAAGGUAAGAGAAAAGGCUAAGGUCAAUUCAGAACAUUAGGGGGCUAUAGGUUGUUUUACUGACUGGGCUGUGUCUAAAGCAGGGCGUUCCUCUUACCCUCUCUCCUCUCCUGUCCUCUCCUCUCUCCUUUCCUCUCUCAUCUCCCUCUCUCAGGCUUUCUCCACUGUGGGAACUCCAGACUACAUCGCCCCGGAAGUGUUCAUGCAGACCGGAUACAACAAGCUCUGUGAUUGGUGGAGCCUGGGGGUCAUCAUGUACGAGAUGCUGAUUGGUAGGAGUGAUUUGUUGAUUGGAAACACAGGCACUAACGAAAGAAGCAAGAAGUAAGUUAGGAUUGAAUUAGGAUUGCUGUCUAAGUUUCCCUGUCUCUCUCCAGGCUACCCCCCAUUCUGUUCGGAGACGCCCCAGGAGACGUAUAAGAAGGUGAUGAACUGGAAGGAGACUCUGGUGUUCCCUCCGGAAGUCCCUAUCUCAGAGAGGGCCAAGGACCUCAUCCUCAGGUGAGCACCAGUACACUCUUAGAAAAAAGGGUUCCAAAAUGGUUCUUUGCAGAGGGAUAGGGUUCUACCAAUAACCAUUUUCAUUUGAAGAACCCUUUUUGGAAAAUGAGGAUUCUUUGUAAGGCAAAGGGUCCAACCUAGAAUCUUUCUCAUCCUAAGAACUGAUUAUUUGGAUGACAAUAAGGAUUCUUUGAAAGGCAAGAAGGGUUCUACAUAGAACCCUUCUGAAUCUGAAUAAGCUUUUUUAUUGUAUUUUAUUUUAUUUUAAAUAGUGCCUGAGCAUUCGUGUUUAUCUCAGUGUUUAAAGUUGAACCCUCUUGAGCUUAAAAGGAAAGGUGUAAGAUUUUUUAAAACUGUACCUAUAUGGGAAUAUUUGUACACAGCAAAUUGGCCAGUUUUACCUAGUGUUGAUUUUUCAGUGUAACAUUUCUAAAGUUGAUUCAGGAGUUAAGUUAACACUAUAAAAAGGCAAAUUAACACUCAGUGGUGUAAAAUAACCCCAGUGUUGGUGUUAAUAACCAGAGGUGAGUGUGAUUGUGUCAUUUGUACUCUGUGUAAAGUAAAACACUCAAAACCACACCCAUCAUUAUCAUAUUACCUAGCGUGCUCUAUAGCAGGUUGAUUUUUUAUAUUUUUUUGUUUCAGUAUCUGUGUUUUUGCAUGUACAUUGAUUGAUUGAUCUUAUGCUACACAAAAAUAAAUAACAUACAUUUUUCUAAAUUAAUCGAAUCUGUUAGUAGUUGGACUUUUUCCACCCGUUACUGAGAUGGUUGUUCCAGUUUAGAUGGUUUAGGUAGUCUCAGUUAUCAAUCUUCCCUACCUUGGGAGUUAUUCUGAAUGCAGGUUGCAGGUGAUUAAAAGUACCUAUUGUUGGAUACCCUCACUCUGGCUGGAUUCCAAUAGGAAUUACUAUCAUCACUUUCCAAGCCAGCAUAAUGUGACUUGCAGGCCUGAACACACACCACUGUGUUAGGGUUAAAACUAUGCCCUCAAAGAAAGGCUAUAUGAUAUAUGUAAUGUAUUGUCAUAAAGAGUUUAAUUUUAAAGGCUAAUAAGGCUGGUGGAACUGUUCAUAGAGGGUUCUAGGAAGAACCUUUUGUCAAGUUGUCAGUGUAAUGCAGUAGGACGAAGUCAGGCGCAGGACACAGAGCUAAUCGAAAAAACGUGCUUUACUCGUAGGUAAUAGAAAGAACAAACCUCCACGCAGGGAGGAACAAACCCACACACUAACGACAACCAAAACAUGAACAAACACGCACAACACACAGUGUGAGACAGGGGGUUAAAUAGGGAAGACAUAACUACAUGAUGGGAAACAGGUGUGACCACUAAAGACAAAACAAGUCGAACAUAGACACAUGGAUAGGUAGUAGCUAGUACUCCGGUGACGACGAACACCGAAGCCUGCCCGCGUCAACCUCCCACACCACCGGUGCCACCAGACACGACGCCGGAAGUAUGGGAGUGGGCUCAAUGGACCUCUCCUCUGUGUCAUACAGUCGGGACAGAGCGUCUGCCUUAGCGUUCUGUGAACCUGAUCUGUAAGUAAGAGUAAACACAAAACGAGUGAAGAACAUGGCCCACCUUGCCUGGCGAGGGUUCAACCUCCUCGCCGCCCGGAUGUACUCCAGAUUGCGAUGGUCAGUCAAAAUGAGAAAAGGGUUUUUAGCCCCCUCAAGCCAAUGCCUCCACACUUUCAGAGCUUUAACCACAGCUAACAGCUCCCGGUCCCCCACAUCAUAGUUGCGCUCCGCCGGACUGAGCUUCUUAGAAAAGAAAGCACAGGGGUGGAAUUUUGGUGGCGUACCCGAGCGCUGAGACAGUACAGCUCCUAUCCCAGCCUCGGAUGCGUCCACCUCAACCUGGAAUGCCAAGGAGGGAUCCGGAUGAGCCAGCACUGGAGCCGAAGUAAACAGGUCCUUCAGAUGACCAAAAGCCCUGUCCGCCUCAGCUGACCACUGUAGACCGGUCCUCCCUUCAUCAAGGAGGUAAUGAGAGCCGCUACCUGACCAAAGCCCCGGAUAAACCUCCGGUAGUAGUUGGCAAAACCCAAGAAUCGCUGCACCUCCUUCACCGUGGUUGGAGUCGGCCAAUUACACACGGCCAAAAUGCGGUCAAUCUCCAUCUCCACACCUGACGCGGACAGGUGGUGUCCUAGGAAGGAGAUGGACUCUUGGAACAACAGACAAUUCUUCGCCUUCACAUACAGGUCAUGCUCCAACAGUCGACCAAGCACCUGACGCACCAGGGACACAUGCUCGGCCCGUGUAGCGGAGUAUAUGAGAAUGUCAUCAAUAUACACCACUACACCCUGUCUGUGCAGGUUCCUGAAAAUCUCAUCAACAAAGGAUUGGAAAACUGAUGGAGCAUUCAUCAAACCGUAUGGCAUGACGAGGUACUCAUACUGCCCAGAGGUGGUACUGAAUGCUGUCUUCCACUCAUCUCCCUCCCGGAUACGCACCAGGUGGUACGUGCUCCUGAGAUCCAAUUUCGUGAAGAAGCGCGCCCCGUGCAAUGACUCCGUCAUACUAGCAAUCAGAGGUAGUGGAUAGCUGUAUUUUACAGUGAUCUGAUUAAGACCACGGUAGUCAAUGCACGGGCGUAAGCCACCAUCCUCCUUCUUCACAAAAAAGAAACUUGAUGACACAGGGGAAGUGGAAGGCCGAAUGUAUCCUUGCCUCAGAGAUUCGGUGACAUAUGUUUCCAUAGCCGCCGUCUCUUCCUGUGACAGAGGAUACACGUGACUCCGGGGAAGCGCAGCGCCUACCUGGAGGUUUAUCGCACAAUCCCCCUGUCGAUGGGGUGGUAAUUGAGUUGCCUUCUUUUUACAGAAGGCGAGAGCCAAAUCGGCAUAUUCAGGCGGAAUGUGCAUGGUGGAAACCUGGUUUGGACUUUCCACCGUAGUUGCCCCUACGGAAACACCUACACACCUCCCUGAGCACUGACUUGACCAUCCCUUGAGAGCCCUCUGUUGCCAUGAAAUAGUGGGGUCAUGAGAGGUUAACCAGGGAAGCCCCAACACCACUGGAAACGCAGGAGAAUCAAUCAGAUAGAGACUAAUUGUUUCCUCAUUCCCCUCCUGCGUCUUCAUCCAGAGUGGAGCUGUGACCUCCCUAAUCAGACCUGACCCUAAAGGGCAACUAUCUAGGGCAUGUAUAGGGAAGGGCACAUAAACUGGCACAAUAGGAAUCCCUAACCUACGGGUAAACUGACUAUCAAUAAAGUUCCCAGCUGCGCCUGAAUCUACUAGCACCUUAUGCUGGGAAUGAGAAGAAAACUCUGGAAAUACAACAUCUAUACACAUAUGCGCAACAGGGAGCUCUGUGUGAGUUGGGUGCCUACUCAUCUGAAACGGUCCACCAGUGCUCUGCCUACUGCCUCGACUCCUUAAAGACCCUCCCCAGCACCGACCAGCAGUGUGUCCUCUGCGGCCACAGUUGGUGCAGGGGACGGCCCCUCUACCGGUCUCCCUAAGAGCAGCACCUCCGAGCUCCAUAGGGGUAGGGUCGGAGGUGCUGGGGGAUGGAAUGGACGGCCCCUGAUCCGGACGUCCGCGGGUGGCCAACAGGUUAUCCAGUCGGAUUGACAUAUCCACCAGUUGGUACAGGUUAAAGUUGGUGUCCCUGCAGGCCAGUUCCCGAUGAACGUCCUCCCUUAAGCUGCAACGGUAGUGGUCGAUAAGGGCCCUCUCAUUCCAUCCUGCGCUGGCAGCCAGAGUCCUAAAGUCCAGUGCAAACUCCUGUGCGCUCCUCUUCCCCUGUCUGAGGUGGAAUAGACGCUCACCCGCCGCUCUCCCCUCUGGUGGAUGAUCGAAUACCGCCCUAAAGCGGCGGGUAAACUCCUCAUAACUUACAGUUGCAGCGUCUAUUCCCCCCCACUCGGCGUUGGCCCACUCAAGCGUUUACCGGACAGACAGCAGAUUAGGGCGGACACGCUCUCGUAUCCCGAGGGAACCGGGUGGAUGGUUGCCAGGUAGAGCUCUACCUGGAACAGAAAACCCUGACACCCGGCAGCUGUACUGUCAUAUGCCCUCGGGAGCGAGAGCCGAAUCCCACUGGACCCAGAUGGUGAAGAGGUGGACAGCGGUGUAGGUGGUGGUGUAAUUGGAAGAGGUAUAGGGAAACCUCCUCUCUCCCAUCGCUCCAUAGUAUUCACCACUCGUUCCAUAGCGGUGCCGAGAGCCUGGAUCAUGGUCGCUUGUUGUUGGACGCGUUCCUCCAUCGAUCCGGCUGGCAUUGCUGUACCUGCUGACUCCAUAUUUUGAUGCGUGUUUCUGUCAAGUUGUCAGUGUAAUGCAGUAGGACGAAGUCAGGCGCAGGACACAGAGCUAAUCGAAAAAACGUACUUUACUCGUAGGUAAUAGAAAGAACAAACCUCCACGCAGGGAGGAACAAACCCACACACUAACGACAACCAAAACAUGAACAAACACGCACAACACACAGUGUGAGACAGAGGGUUAAAUAGGGAAGACAUAACUACAUGAUGGGAAACAGGUGUGACCAAUAAAGACAAAACAAGUCAAACAUAGACACAUGGAUCGGUAGUAGCUAGUACUCCGGUGACGACGAACGCCGAAGCCUGCCCAAGCAAGGAGGAGGGACAGCCUCGGCUGAAUUCGUGACACCUUUAGAUGUUGAAAGGGUUCUUGGUAGAACCAUUUAUAGAGGGUUCUAGGAAGAACACUUCAUAGAGGGUUCUAGGUUGAACAUCUCACAGGGGCUUCUAUGAAGGGUCCUACAUAGAGGGCUAGCACCAAAAAGGGUUCUCCUAUGGGGACAAACCGAAGAACCCUAUAUGGUUCUACUUAGCACCUUUUUUUCUAAGAGUGCACUAAAUAUAAGAUGGUUAAAAAGAGAGAGAGAUGAAUAAACGGUCUAUAGAGCCCAUUGUACAGUAUGUUCUUCUUGAUAAGAAUGAACAUCAACUAAAUGGUUCAAAUGUAAAACAUGAAUGUCAUCUCAAACUAAUACUGUAUCUAUGGCAGACACACUUCUAUAUUCCUUUAUGUGGUUGUUCUCAGGAUCUAAAUGUAGGUAUAUUACUGCUUAGGUUCUGCUGUGAGGGAGAUCAUCGGAUCGGGGCGACAGGGGUGGAGGAGAUCAAGAGAAAUCCGUUCUUUGAGGGAGUCGAUUACGACCACAUCAGGUACACAGGGACUUCUUACAAGGAACAGUUUAUAUGCAAAACAAUUAGGUUUUUAUACUUCAGUGGUCCAAAAGUCCAGGUCUUACUACAGUUUUGUAUUUGUCACCCAACCCAGGGAGAGACCUGCAGCGAUCCCCAUUGAGAUCAAAAGCAUCGACGACACGUCAAACUUCGACGAGUUCCCUGAGUCGGACAUCCUCUCACCCACAGGUAAGAGAAAGACAGAGUUUCAGCAGAAACUAUUUUCCUGUGUCUCUCAAAGGUUGUGUAUUUUUCUUGACUCUCUGUGUGUGUGGUUGUACAGUAUACCCUAUCAACUCUAAAUCUCUCUCCCUUUCUCCUUUUUUUAUUUCCGCUCCCUCUUUCCUCUCCCGCCUUCGUCACUCUCCUUUCUCUCCUUCCCCUCUCCGUCUUUCUCUCUCCCCAGCUGCAGCAGCACCCACGAAGUCUCCAGCAGCAGCAGCUGCAGCGGAGGCUGACUAUAAGAAUAAGGACUGGGUCUUCAUCAACUACACCUACAAGCGCUUCGAGGGCCUGACAGCCAGGGGAGCCAUCCCUUCCUACAUGAAGGGAAGCAAGAGAUGAACUCUGACCCUAUAACCUGCGCUACAAUGACCCACUGAUCCCCUCACCCCACGCAGCACCCAGAUACCUUCACGCAACGGUUCAGUUUCAUAGUACAAAUAUGAAAUAAUUUUUUACUAAAUUGACAGUUCAGUUAAGCUGUUCUAUUUCCUGCAGGCCUUCUGAACCAGUAUUCAGAGAAAUCUGGUUGAACCAAUACUAACCAGUUCAUUAUACCCUGUGGAUACAUGGUUGUAACCACUGUUUGGCCUUCUGUGAUUUGGGGCCCAGUAACCGAGUUUCCAGGAUAUGAAAACCACCAUUCUUCUUUCACUGUCAGUGCAUGUUUGGAUGAAUUCUUUCAGUAAAAUGUUUACAGUGUGUAACAAUAACUAAUCUCAAAUAUGCUUUCUCGCUGUGUAGGAAGAAUGUCAACUUUAUCUUAGAAACCGGGAUAUCAGUUUUAAUUGAAUAGGGCCCAGCGUUUCAGAGCUGAAGCCUGGCUCUAACUUUUCCACCAGCACUGAACUCUAUGCUGUACAGCCUUAUAGCUGUCCCCUUGUGUCCCUCCAGAACCUUCUCCCCACUCCUCUCCUCAACCUGUCAUACUGUUCAUAGGGAAGUUUCUCUGCUGUUCUCUGGAAGCUGGCAGGUUCCCAGCAGUCUGUCUCACUACCCCUGUGACGCCAUUAGAUCUCUGCUUGCCUUGGAGAGACUAACAAUGCUAUUUUUAGCAUUGUAUUUCUGGCGGUUUUGUGAUGUCAUCAGUUAGAGUGAGUGAGAAUGUUCAACAAAGGACGACAGAAAAUUCCAUCGUAGUCUAGCUACUCCUCAAUAAGGGGUUAAUGAGCAAGCACCACUCCUUCACUGCCUUUGUUGGUUUUCUCAACUUUUAAUGUGCCCAGUUAUUUCUUUUAUAAUUUUGUAAUGUAUCAUGUUUUGAAUUCAGAAAGGUUCAUUCAAAUGCUGUGUUGGAUUGAAAUAGUACUAGUCUUCAGGGAUGUAACAAAUGCUGGUUGUGUGUGUAUGUUGAGCUGUCUGAAUGGCACUACCUUGAGACGUCAUGUCCAUUUAUGUACCUUACCCAAAGAACUCCAAGAGCUGUACAUUAGUUUGUACAUUAGUUUGAAAUUGGAAUCCCCCCUUUUUUAGUUUCAUGUUAAGUUGUUUGUAUGCAGGAUGGAAAGCUCUUGACUUUUGCUCUCCCGAGUUAGUGCUGGAUUUUUUUUACAACUGCUCUUUCGAAAGCUGGUAUUUAAUUAAAGGCUUCUCAUGUUACAGUUUUUUCCAUAUAGUAUUUUUAACUCACAAAGGAACCACUGUUUUAUGCAUAAUGCUGGGGAUUCAUGAAUUUCACGUACAUUUAAAAUGUCACCAAAUAUUAAAUAUAGAGCUUGAACUUUCACAUAUAUCUGUGUUACAGCACUUUCAGCACUGUUAGUGUGUGUAUGUACGUAUUAUGUAAAAAAGGAAAACAAACUUGGCCUCACUUUACAACUUACAUGAGUAACUACAGGAUACCUUUUACUAGGUGAACUACUAAAUCGAAUUACUCUGCAGUCAGGUAGUAGUAGGCCUAACACUAACCAUUUGUUCUCACUCUUUCAUUUUUCAAGAGAAUAACAUGGUAUGUGCUAUGUAACUACUUGUACUUAAAUGUAAUUACAUAGAUUAUUCCCACGUAGUUACCCAGUAAUAAUACCCGUGUAAAGUGUUGCUAAAAAUAUAUACAUUUCCAGAUGGACGACUGAAUGACGUUGACGGUUAGUUCUCCUCUCAUUCUGAUUUUCACUCGAGUGCUUUAAGGUCUUUGUACCCGCUGGAGAAGUAAACCCUGAGCAGCUGCUUAGCAUGAUAGACUCUUACUCUUAGCAUGAUAGACUUUUGUAAUGCUGUUUGAAAAGGUGCACAUACCAAAUAGACGGUACAAUAAUUGCCAUUACAUCUGCUGAUGUUUUUUUAAAGAGCCUAUAUUUUGUAUCAACAAUCUCACCAAGCUGUUCCUUUUGAAGAAGUAAAAAUAUCAAUAUGCAAAUGAGUACAUGUAUAAACGGCAGUCAUUUCUCUCUGCUGGAUGACACAUAUACUAUGUAUAGGUGUGUGUACGUAUGCGCGUAUGUGUGUGUAUCUUAUUGAAUCCUUCUGUAUGAGGUUUGAAUGUUUUUCAGCAAAGGAACAUGUUCACUAUGAGAAAAAAGCUUUAAAUGCUGAUAAAAUUAUUUCAUCAUUCAAUAAAACUUUUGUACAAUUGUGGC